CAUCGCCAACAUUAGAUCAUACAGGGGGCCGGUCAUACCAUAGUACUUGCACUAAGGGAGUCUGAAGAGCCCAUAUAAGUUGCAACCUUGGUUACCGAAAGGUUCCUCCUGAGCCAAAUGGAGCAGACCCACGCUCAGUGGGUGCCGGCUACGUAUGAUUGGAACACGCUUACCCUUGAGGCUUAUGAUUCCCGCAAUACAAAUAAGCGCCGGCGUCCUACCGGCCAAAUCAAUUGCCAAGUUCCGGGGUGCACAGUUGAUCUAAAGGAUGCUAAGCCAUAUUUUAAGCGUCACAGUAUUUGCAUGACGCACAUGAAGGCACCUUACGUCCUAAUACACGGUGUCAAAAUGCGCUAUUGCCAACAAUGUGGUCACUUCGAGGAACUUGAGUUGUUUGGUGGUGCAAAUCGGAGCUGCAAGAUGUCAUUGGAACGGCGCUCUAACAUUGCUGCCUCGAAAGUUAAGAGGGGCGGCCGCUCCACAAAGGCACGCGACCAGCAGGAUAUGGUUACCAGCGACAACACGACAGAUAACGGCACCAACAGUCGCACCUGGGGGGCCACCACUACUGAGACCGAGGCGGAGGCCGACAGGCGCAGCCAACCAGAGUCCCAGGCGCACAUCCUCAUGCGUGACGUGGACUUGGCUGCGGACAGCUCCCGCCAGGACUUCAUGCUGGCCAUCAAUCCACCCGCGGGACGUUUCAAUCCCGCCGAUCCCAACCUCUCGUCAACCUCGGCCCUUCCCAGCCCACCGCCGCCCAGCACCCGAGCCGACGGCGACAGCCCUUUACCUGUCGCCAUCCCUACCGAUGCGGGAAACAGCGCUAUACUUCCCUGGACCUCCUAUGAGGACGGCAGCGUGAAUCUGCACCUCCCGCACCAGCCGGCGCCGCCACCUAUGCCGCAGCUGCCACCGCCAACGCUGCCACCGGCUACGUCCCGUGAGCUGCCGGCAAGGCUGCCGGCGCCGAGCACUGUCACCGGCGAGUUGCCACACACGCACUCGCUUGGCAAUGGCAAGGCGGAGGCUGCGGCCAGCUGCGGUGGCGGGGGCGGCUGGGGGGCCCUUGGUGGCGGUGCAGGUCACGACCGCGGCGGCGGAGAGGUCAACAGCAGCCUCCUGUACAGGAACGUUCAUUACACGAACAUUAAUAACCAACGCUGUGACGCAAGUGCUAAGCUCGCGAUGGCUCCGUCGCUACAAAGUCAGGCGUCAACCUCAUCUCAUCUGCAGCAGCAGCCAGCUCCGCAGUUCCAGCUGCCCCAGCCCCAGCCGCGGCAGCAACAGCUGUACUGCGCCGCCGCCGGUCCUGCGAUGGGCGCCUUGGCUCCCACGAUAUCCGGUGUGGACGACGUGGAUCUUGAAAUGCAGCUGCAGGACAUUGCGAGUUCAGCGCAGCUUGAGCAGCUGGGAUGGUUUAGCAGCAGCAGCAGCAUGAUGGGACCGGAACCAGCGCAUGCACACGGCGCGGCAGCGGGCACUGACCGGGUGCUAGCCCCGUUGUACGACCGCGGCGGAUGCGCUGCGUUUGCCCCCCAUGACGCGCAUCAUCGCCACGAUGGCUCCGGUGCAUACCUCCCAGGAGGAGUUCCAGGAGCACAGUCAGUCCGUACUGCUCAGGCCGCCUUUGCUCAGGGCGCACCGUCCUCCUCCAUGGAAGCAGCGCUGCGGUACGGCAUGGGUGGCAGCAUGAUGAACAGCGUCCAACAUUCCAACAACCAUCAUUCCGAGGUUGUGACGCUGGCUGGCCGCAGCUGCAGUAGCCUCAUGGCUGCCAUGCAGUACAUGAACCAGCAGAACCCCAUGCAACACUACCAGCGACAGGGGCAGCUGACGUUGCAGCAGCAGCAACAGCAGCGGCAUCACCAAGCGCCGCAGCUGUCGCUGCCGCUGCCACAGCAGAUGGUUGGCGGCCAUGGCACAGGUGGCGGCGCCGGAAGGAUGCUGGGCGGCUUGGCUUCGGGAGGAAGCGUACGUGAGACGCUGCGCUACAGGGCUGGCGAGGCUGACUCGCUGGUCCGCAUGUCGAUCAAGCUGACAAGUCGGGCGCCUGAUGAACUGGAUCCAGGCACUGUUGCCUCGCUGCGCAAGAUGCUGUCGGUGUACGACAAACUGCAGAGCCUGCAAGGCUACGUGCGCCCCGGCUGCACGCAACUCGUCAUCGACGCGCGCUUCGCUCUGCUUCCUGCAAUCAGCAGCAGUUGCAGCAGCCUGGCAAACUGCGCUCUCAGCGCUGCGGACACCUCCGAGACCCACAUCCCUUGUGUUGAGCGCUGCAACACCAGAAGCGACAGCGCGUUCCCGUCAGCUGGUGCCGCCAUCCCCUACUCCGUUUCCCCCUCCGUUACCUCCUCUCGGGGCUCCUCUUGGUGGUGCGAUGAGUCGUCAGCUGGUUCAUUGCAUGGGCUGCCGUCGGCGAUGGAUGGAGCGGCGCGGGCGCAGCAGCUGCGGAUGGUGGCAGGCGGCAAAGGGCUGGAUCUGACCGUGUUGUUGAAUGACCCACUGGUCAGGGAGGCGCUGAAGCAGUUGGCGAUGACCAACAGCACGGCGCUGACCUUGCAGCUGGAGGACACGGCAAUCUCCGUGUACGAGGACGGCUCAUUGGGAUCCGUACGGCAGUUGCAGGACCUCCCAACCAUCGUAGCGGCCUCAUGCGCCGCAGUCAGCACAGACAAUGCACGAGCGGAGGUCACGCUGUACGGCACCCAUCUUGACAACCCGGGCACCGUCUUUUGGGCGCGAAUGCAUGGCGUGUUUUACCCGCUUCAGUCUCAUCCCAGCCGUGAUGGCGGAGUGGUGGUACGCCUGCCCGCCCUGCCAGCAUGCGGUGUGCUACACCUGGAGGCAGCCACCGCCACGACACCUCUGCCCAGCCUCUCUUCGCAUGGGGCGUCAGCAUCUGCAGCUGGCAGCGCCAGCGGCGUCUCAGGAGGAGCAGACUGUGGAGCGCUGGGCCCCAGCUAUCCGCUGCUGGUGCUGUCAAGCGCGGAGGCGGUAGCGGAGGUGCACGCCGUGGCAGCCAGCAUGGGACCAGUCAGUCUCCGGCGGUUUGUGCUUGACCUGGGCACCCUCCUGGCCACUCCAGUGCUCCUAGCGCAACCGCUCAACGGUGUCGUACCCGUUCACGGCUCAACGGCCAUGUCCACGGCGACGGCAGCGGGCUGCUUCCGUGACACCUGCGGCGCCGUUCCGGAGGGCUCCGACUGCGAUGACGAGGACGGCGACGUUGCGCCCUUCCCGGCAGCGGAAGUCCCUCGGGUCCUCGGCAGCUGCGGGGUCGCUGUGAGCGCCAGCGCAUCGCUGCACCAUCGCCGGCGGGGCGGCAGCCGCAGCAACAGCGGCCGCGUCAGCAGCCGUAUGUGCACUCCGGGCAACAGUGGGAAUGGCAACAGCGGCGGCGGCCUGAGCGGGUGGGACAUUACGGACGGCAUGACGAAUGCGGACGAUGAGGAUGUGCUUGAGACGGUACUGGGGGCGGAGGCGGUGCGUAGCCUCCUGGGCGCUAGCGCCGUCUUGCUGGAGACGACUGUCAGCUGGAACAUGCCCCGUUGUACGGCAGCGGUGAUUGCGGCCCUGGCUGAGCUGCACGAGCGCUUCCCGGACCGGGUCCACUCGGGACUUGCGCCGCUGCCCCGGCCUGGCGCGUUUGGGUUGAUGCAUGCGGUCGCGCGCGCGGGCGACGAGAACACGGUGCUGUCGGUGAUGAAUCUGGAGGGAGCGCUUGGCGAGAUGUGCAGUCUGACGCUGCGAGGAGUCGACGGUGUCACGCCCCUGCACCUCCUGGCUCUCCUCCCUCAUGCCCCGCGGCUCAUGCUAGCGCUGCUGCGUGUCCAUCCCGCUGCGAAGCAUGCGUUGACGAGCGCAAUCGCCGACGACGGACUGACGCCGCUACAGCUCUACCAAAUGAUGCAUCCCGGAGGGCCCACGCCUGCUCCUCCCCUGCCCGCUGCCGGUGCUGUUGCUGAAGGCGUUUCGCUUGGCGCAGGUGGUAAUGCUGCCGCGGCAGUUGCCGCCAUGACGCAGCGCGGACGACCCAUGGUUCAUCUGACACCGCCGCAGCAGCGCACGUCAGCGGACUCACCGGCGUCGUCGUCGACGAAUCGGCUGUCAAGGGCUCUCGACACCCAACUGGCUUCGGGGCCAGAGUCCGGACGGAGUGGUAGGCUGAUGUCUGCGUCCAUCCCAACAGACAUGUUGCUUGCCGCUGCUGCUGGAUCUAGUAGGGGUUCACCCGUGGACUCUUUGGGUGGGGAUUGGGAGGUUCGGGCGGCUAUGACACUCAUGGAUGCGCCUUCCGGGGAACGCUUGUCUGCGGCAACUACAUGGUCAGGAUCUACGCAUGGCUGGGCGGCCGAGGCGGCUGCGGUGGAGGCGGAGUGGCAGGCGUACCACGCCAAGGGCGCGGCGCGUGCUCGUCUGCAUGCUAAUACCUUGGAGGUUGGAGGUUUGGCAGCGGCGGCUAUGGCUGCGGACGAUACCAAAAAGCAUCAUAGCGUUGACGAGGAGGAAGAUGCCAUGUGGG